AUGAAAAAUAAGGCGCCACGACGAGACGAAAACGGUGAACACUCAAAGGAAGCUGACGGGGCGACGAAUCCUGAAAUCAACCCGAUGAGAAGCUACAUUCAUGGAAUCUCUGAUGUCCCACUCCUCUUCGACACGAUCGCCGAGCGGCUGCGGUUCGCUGUCGAAAAGGUUCCCGAUCGUGAAUUCGUGAUCUUCAAGCGUGACAACAUCAGAAUAACCUAUGCUCAAUUGUUGGCUGAGUCUGAACGCCUUGCUGCUGGCCUUGUUCAUCUUGGUGUUGAGCGGGGAGAUCGGGUCGGAAUCUGGGGACCGAAUACGCACGAAUGGGUCGUGACAAUGAUGGCUGCUGCGCUUGCUGGCUACAUUUUGGUGAACAUCAAUCCAUCCUAUCAAUCCGAGGAACUCCGUUUCGCCAUCGAGAAAGUCGGCAUCAAGGCAUUGAUCAUGGCACCGGGCUUCAAGAAAAGCAACUAUUAUCAAAGUGUUAAGGAUAUCAUUCCCGAGGUGGUUACAAAAGCUGAAGGUCGAUCCGGUCUCGCCACUCAUGCUUUUCCCGAAUUCCGGCAUUUGAUUAUCUUCGAUCGAGAGGACAAAGCAUAUCAGGGUGCAUGGAAGUACACAGAUGUGAUGAAAUUUGGACGUGAUGAAGACUAUAACAAAUUGAGACAAAUGGAAGCCGAGAAUAAACCCGAUGAUCCUGUGAAUAUCCAGUACACGAGUGGAACGACCGGUCAACCAAAAGGCGCCACUUUAACCCAUCACAACGUGCUCAAUAAUGCCUAUUUUGUGGGAAGACGAGCCGGAUAUCAUGAGAAACGAACGAUCAUCUGCAUCCCCAAUCCACUCUACCAUUGUUUCGGCUGUGUGAUGGGCGUCUUGGCGGCUUUGGUUCAUCAUCAGACUUGUGUCUUCCCAGCUCCAUCUUUCGAGGCUCUCGCCGCUUUGCAAGCUGUUGAUGAGGAGGGAUGCACAGCUCUUUACGGGACGCCUACAAUGUUCAUCGAUAUGCUCAAUCAUCCUGACUAUCACAAAUACGAUUACACUACGAUUCGAUCAGGUUUCAUUGCCGGUGCCCCGUGUCCGAUCACUCUUUGUCAACGACUCGUUUCCGAAAUGAAUAUGAGAGAUAUGCAGGUGUGCUAUGGAACAACCGAGACCUCACCUGUCUCCUAUAUGUCGAUUCGAGAUGAUCCACCGGAGAGACGGAUUCGAUCCGUUGGCCAUAUCAUGGAUCAUCUUGAGAGUUCUCUCGUCGAUAAACAAGGUCAAGUGGUUCCUCGAGGGGAGAAAGGAGAAGUGAUCGUGAGAGGAUAUUCGGUGAUGAGAUGUUAUUGGAAUGAUGAGGAGAAGAGUCGGCAAGAGAUUACCGCUGAUCGAUGGUAUCACACAGGUGACAUCGGUGUGAUGCACGAGGAUGGAACAGUGUCGAUUGUCGGUCGAAGCAAGGAUAUGAUUGUUAGAGGAGGUGAGAACAUCUACCCAACCGAGGUCGAGCAAUUCCUCUUUAAACACCCAAAAGUCGAGGAUGUGCAUAUUGUCGGCGUGCCGGAUGAGCGCUAUGGGGAAGUGGUGUGCGCUUGGAUUCGCCUCCACGAGACGGCUAUUGGAAAAGUCACCGAACAAGAGCUCAAGGAUUAUUGCAAGGGAAAGAUUGCUCACUUCAAAGUCCCUCGCUACAUUCUCUUCAAAACCGAAAAGGAUUUCCCGUUGACUGUCACCGGAAAGGUGAAAAAGUUCGAAAUUCGCGAGCGAAGUAAAGUCGAAUUGGGUCUUCAACAAGUUGUCAGUCAUUUCAAUGAGCCUUUCUCAUCAGCCAACGACUCGUCAAGCACUGAUCCCGAUGAGGAAAACUAUUCGGAUUUU